AUGUUGCCAAUUGAUAUUAAUUUGCAAAGUAUAAGGGUGGCUAGACAAGAUGAGAUACCAGUAGUAGAUUAUUGGAAUUCUUUAUAUGAUGAGCUCAAUGAACUAGAUGACGAAAGGUUGAGAGCUUUAGAGCGGGUGAUUCGACGAAAAGAUGUUAUGUCAAAAUCAUACAACCGCCGUGUUAAAGCAAAGACAUUUGCGGUUGGAGAUUUAGUGUGGAAAACAAUUUUGCCUAUGGAAGAAAAGUCAAAAACUUAUGGUAAGUGGUCUCCAACUUGGGAAGGACCUUAUGUGAUUGACAAGAUUUAUUCCGGAAAUGCCUAUAAGAUUAUUGAAGUCGGAUUAGGAAGAAGAAUUACUUCAAUAAAUGCCAAGUAUUUAAAAAUAUAUAGGCCAGGUAUUCAUGAGAUAACAUUCCACAUGUUUAAGAAUACAAAAAUAUCCAGUUGA